AUGUCUACUCCUACAACACCAACAGACAUCGAUAUUGAUGGCAUCAUUUUCAAAUUAUUAGAGGUUAGAGGUUCUCGACCUGGAAAACAAGUGAACCUAACUGAAAACGAAAUCAAACAAUUAAUAUUAAAAUCUAGGGAAAUAUUCAUAUCUCAACCUCCAUUGCUGGAGCUCGAAGCACCUAUUAAAAUUUGCGGAGAUGUACACGGGCAAUAUUAUGAUCUAUUGAGAUUGUUUGAAUAUGGAGGAUUCCCACCAGAAGCUAAUUAUCUCUUUUUAGGUGACUAUGUGGACAGAGGAAAGCAAUCAUUAGAAACUAUCUGCCUUUUACUCGCCUACAAAAUCAAAUAUCCAGAAAAUUUCUUCCUCUUGAGAGGUAAUCACGAGUGUGCUUCUAUUAACAGAAUUUACGGAUUUUACGAUGAAUGUAAAAGGAGAUACUCCAUAAGAUUAUGGAAGAGCUUUACUGAUUGUUUCAACUGUAUGCCAGUUGCAGCAAUCAUAGACGAGAAAAUAUUCUGCAUGCAUGGUGGAUUGUCACCAGAACUUCAUAACAUGGAACAAAUCAGAAAAGUAAUGCGUCCAACCGAUGUACCAGAUAGCGGUUUACUUUGCGAUUUAUUGUGGAGUGAUCCUGAAGAAGGAAUCCAAGGAUGGGGAGAAAAUGAUAGAGGAGUAUCAUUUACUUUUGGAAGUGAUGUUGUAGAAAAAUUCCUGAAAAAACACGAUUUGGAUCUUGUUUGUCGUGCUCACCAAGUAGUAGAAGAUGGAUAUAAAUUCUUCGCCAAGAGACAAUUGGUGACGAUUUUCAGUGCACCAAACUACUGUAACGAAUUUGAUAAUGCAGGCGCAAUGAUGUCCGUAGAUGAAACUUUGAUGUGUUCAUUCCAAAUAUUGAAGCCAGCAGUCAAGAAGAGCUAUUAUUAUUAA